AUGAUUGAAAAAUCCUCCAAACUCCCUGCAAAAUCUUCUCACGCAAGGUUGACGCUUGUGCUUCCCCAUGGUGUUGUUCUUGUGAUGGGUUGUCUUGUUAUGGGGUGGAGAUACAAGGCAGGGUUGUUCCUCAUACUUACUGUGGUUAUCAUAUGGGUCUCCUCUGCUGAAGUCACCCAGGUGAGAUUGGAAGUUCCAUUGGCUAGAACGAUUUGUUUGCAAAGAAUAGUUAGCCUAAAACCAUGCAGUCCUCUUGGCUUAGAUUUUAUGAAAAUUGCAGACCUGCAUUAUAAUGUGUCGCUGAGGGGACCACUAUUCCGAAUUUCUAUAUCUGAAUCCUUAUCUAAGCAUGGCCAACCUUUCUCUUUUGAUGAAACUGUUGAAGAUAUUUUUAUAGAUUACAAGCAGCCAUUUGCAGUGACAUAUCUUGGAGCUUCUCUUAUGGUAGUUUACCUCCCAAUAGCCUUCAUUAAGGACUGCUUGUAUAAGUUAUUUAAACACCGCUCUAAAACUGGAAAAAAUGCAAAAGUUGUGGAUGAGUAUUCUAUCAGGAUCACCUCUCCUCACAAGGGCACUGGAAUGCAAAAGAACGCUGAAGUGGAAUUGGGGAACGUGACUCGAAAAGAUAGUGAUGCAGACCUUUCAAUACAUGAAGAAUCAAAGCCAUUGGUGGCUAAACAUGGUGAUGCUAAUGCUACAAAGGCAGAGAAAGAACUUACUACAAGAGAAAUUGCAACUUAUGGAUUUUACCUUGCACCUAUCUGGUUUGUAACAGAGUAUCUAUCAAAUGCUGCCCUUGCACGAACGAGUGUUGCAAGCACAACAGUGUUGUCAUCUACUUCAGGACUCUUCACUCUCUUCAUUGGUGUGUUUAUGGGCCAAGAGGCUUUAAAUGCAGCAAAAGUAAUUGCUGUCUUUGUCAGCAUGGCUGGGGUUGUGUUGACAACUCUGGGGAAAACAUGGGCUGCAGAUGAUGCUGAAUCAAGUGCUUCCAAUGGACAGCACUCUGUUGUUGGUGAUCUCCUCGGCCUUCUCUCAGCCGUGUCAUAUGGUCUAUUUACAGUUCUUCUCAAAAAAGUUUCUGGUGAAGAAGGAGAACGGGUUGAUGUGCAAAAACUGUUUGGAUAUAUUGGAUUGUUUACACUUCUAGCACUAUGGUGGCUUAUCUGGCCAUUGUCAGCCUUAGGAGUUGAACCCAAGUUUACGAUUCCCCAUUCGGUUAAAGUGGACGAGGUGGUACUUGCCAAUGGAUUUAUUGGAAGUGUUCUCUCAGACUACUUCUGGGCACUCUGUGUUGUAUGGACAACUCCCCUUGUGGCCACUCUGGGCAUGUCACUCACCAUUCCUCUUGCUAUGUUGGCUGACAUGUUGAUCCAUGGUCGGCAUUAUUCAGUAUUGUACAUUCUUGGCUCAGCUCAGGUAUUUGCAGGCUUUGUGAUAGCUAAUAUUUCAGAUAAGUUAACCAUAAAGGAGAUUUCAUCUCGUCAUGAAUACGAGAGAGUUUCUCUUAUGACAAUAUGA